AUGGAUUACAUGAACUUGGGAGUAACUUCUCGUAAGACGGGGAUCAAAAUACGACAAGAUAUACGCAAGGAUGAAUACUCUAUGGAUAAUGUGGAUGAGUUUUUCAAAGAUAACGAAAGCUCGAUUUCGUUUCGCCGAAAAAGCCGAAAAUCUUCGCUUCUACCUUUCAAUAGUUCUGCGUUUCCACCAGUGAUUGAAGGCAAGUCAAGACGGAGUACAAAUUUCCUACCUUCUGACGUCCCCACUAUUGAAGAACAGUAUGCGGAGCCUCCAUCAAUAGACGAGACUGUCCAGCCACAACUGGACGUUUCUGUGCCUAACGAUUGGGAUUUUGAAAGUGGUACAAGUGGCAAGGCAACCCCAGACAUUGGUGAGGGACGAGUUGAUCAAACGAAUAAAAGUGGGAAAAAACCGAUAAAUUAUGAGCCAGACUAUCGAAGCGACGAUUUUGAAGAUGAUAAAGAACCUGAUAACACACCACGGACCCCCCCAUCUGAUUAUGGCAAUGAGAGUUACCGAGACGUUCCCGAUUUAAUCGCAGAUGAUGAUGAGGAACCGUCUCAUGGAAAUACGUCAUUCAAUACUUCUGAAAACGCGCUUCUAGAGGAUGAACUGGAGCGUGAAUAUGGGUCUUUGAGCGAAGAAGAUGGAGACUACGUUGAGCCCGCUGGGUUGCGUGACGUUGGAAAUUCAAGUGAUUCUGAAGUUGAAGAAAGCGAUAAUGGAGCCGGUAGCCUUGGCAAUCGUGCUCUUCUCCAAAACACAAGAAGAAACUCGUAUGCGAGGCGACUAAGUAGGUCAAAUAAUGCUGGACAUUUAGGCCAAGAAAACUCAUCACAAGAGAGCUCCGAUGAAGAGUUUAUUCAGGAUCAGGCCCAUGACUUAGGUCGAGAAAUCAACUUUUCAAGAGUAAAUGGGUUACGGAAAUCUAACAGGGUAAAAAUAGCUCCUUUGGAGUACUGGAGAAAUGAGAAAGUAGUUUACAAGCGCAAAUCGAGAAAGCCGGUACUGGAGAUCGAUAAGGUUAUUACUUUCGAGGAGGAAGACGAAGAGGAAGAAGACGAGCCACGAAGGAGGAAAAAGAGUAAAAAAAGACCAUUUAACUAUACGGCAACAGGUAGACCACGGGGAAGACCUAGAAAAGACCAGAGUUCAGGUAUGACCUCAGAAACUGCAUCGCAUAACCCAAAUCAGCAUUUAAUCUCAAAAGUUAAACAGGGGACAAUUCAAAACUCGGCAUGGUUUGAAAUAGGAGAGUUCCGGGGCCAAGUGAAUGCUUCGGCGGAUCACAAAUCUAAAGAAGUUGAUAUUCUAGCUCGUUCCGAUUUUCAAUCUAUUUCCCAAUAUGAACACAAAACAAGAGAUGAGUCUUAUACAUUGGCCGUGCUUUUCGACAAACACAAAGAAUUAUUCGCUAGUGGAUUCUUAACCCUCCCGUUAGGAGCAAAGAAGAAGCUUUCGGAUUCUUAUAAUGUUGCCAUUAAUUUUUACCUUAUUGAGGGCGUCAUAGAGGUCACCAUUGGCCAAAACAAGCUAAUCUGCACUGAGGGUUGCACUUUCCAAGUACCUGCUUUUAACGAGUAUUCCCUUUCAAAUAAGGGAAAAAGUGUUGCUAAAAUGUAUUUCGUCCAGGUUUCGCUACCGGCAUUUAGCAGCGCUCAAAAAGUCGAUGGUGCGAACAUGCGUGAUGAUCAGCAAGAAGAUACUCGUACAGGGGGUUCACUUAGCGACAUGAGUAUAUCACAAGGCUAA